UGGGUUCUCGAGCCAUCAUCUCCGUGCGUGUGACCACGUCGCGGCGCCCAGUGACGUCAUCGUAAAGGCGGGCGUCGAGGGACCGUCCAGAUGCUGACGAAGAGAGGAAAAGUGUUGGGAAAAAGGGAAAAGACGCUGCGGACAACUUUUGUUCACACUUUGUUCACCACCGCAGCCUGCUCGGCGCCGCCAGCAACAAGCAAAAUCUAAACAACAUGCUGGUCAUCCAGUACCUGACCUGCUGCAGUCUGUUAGUGCUACUAAAGACGGUUCUUGCCCAGUAUGAGCACCCGGGCUACCCAGAACCACAGCAGGAGCAGUACUCUGCCCCCCAGCUGGCACCCGACACGCCCAGGAUUCAGCUUCGGCUGGCCGGGGACAAGAGGAAGCACAACGAGGGCCGUGUGGAGGUCUUCUACAACAACCAGUGGGGAACCGUCUGCGAUGACGACUUCAGCAUCCACGCCGCCCAGGUGGUGUGUCGAGAGCUGGGAUACGUGGAAGCAGUAUCGUGGUCACCCUCGUCCAAAUACGGGAAAGGAGAAGGACCCAUAUGGUUUGACAAUCUCCACUGCACGGGCAAAGAGAAGACCUUGUCACUGUGUCCCUCCAAUGGCAUUGGUGUUUCUGACUGCAAGCACAGUGAAGACGUGGGUGUGAUGUGUAGCGACAAGAGGAUCCCUGGAUUUAAAUUUGUCAACACCCUGCCCAACCACGUGGAGAAUCUUGAUAUUCAAGUUGAAGAUGUGCGCAUUCGAGCCAUUUUGUCAUCACUACGCAAGCGGAUCCCCGUGACAGAGGGCUAUGUGGAGGUGAAGGAUGGCGGUAAAUGGAAGCAGAUCUGUAAUACCGAGUGGAGCCAGUUUAACAGCAGAGUCAUCUGCGGCAUGUUUGGAUUCCCUUCGGAGAGGAAGUUUAAUACCAGAGUCUACAAGAUGUUUGCUCGCAGGAGAAAGCCAACAUACUGGGAGUUCGCCGUCAACUGCACUGGCACCGAGGCCCAUUUGUCCAGCUGCAAACUGGGACAGGUUGAUUCCUUGAGUUCCAAUGGGACCUGUGACGGCGGCUUGCCAGUGGUGGUGAGCUGUGUGCCUGGCAGGGCCUUCGCCCCGUCAUCUACCACUGGAUUCAAAAAGGCCUUUAAGCAAGAGCAACCAUUGGUCCGUCUACGUGGUGGAACCAUUGUGGGCGAGGGCCGUGUGGAAGUGUUGAAAAACGGAGAGUGGGGGACCAUAUGUGAUGACAAAUGGAACCUGCUGUCGGCCACCGUGGUCUGUCGUGAGUUGGGCUUCGGUACCGCCAUUGAAGCUCUGUCGGGAGGCCGACUCGGACAAGGAAUGGGCCCAGUGCACAUGAAUGAAGUGAAUUGUUCCGGAUUUGAGAAGUCCAUCACUGAGUGUCCCUUCAACAAGGAGUCUGUGGGCUGCAGCCACGAGGAGGAUGCGGCCAUCCGAUGUAACGUCCCUGCCAUGGGCUUCCAGGAAAGACUUCGGUGAUUGGCGGUCGCGAGUCCCUUCGACGGCCGCGUGGAAGUACUGAUGGAGAAGAACGGCUCCCUGGUGUGGGGGACUGUGUGCGGCGAGGGCUGGGGAACCAUGGAGGCCAUGGUGGUCUGCAGACAGCUGGGCCUUGGCUUUGCCAGCAAUGCUUUCCAGGAGGCGUGGUACUGGCAGGGCGAGGUGAGUGCAGACAGCGUGGUGAUGAGUGGCGUCCGCUGCUCCGGUACUGAGAUGUCGCUGUCCCACUGCCUGCACCAUGGGGACCACCUCACUUGUCCCAAGGGGACCGCACACAACGCUGCCGGAGUUUCCUGCUCGGAGACGGCUCCUGACCUGGUGCUGAACCCCCAGGCGGUGGAGCAGACCACCUACAUGGAGGACAGGCCCAUGUUCAUGCUGCAGUGUGCGUACGAGGAGAACUGCCUCUCCUCCUCCUCCAAAGAGAUGCCCGCCAACUCCUACCGCCGGCUGCUGCGCUUCUCCUCGCAGAUCCACAACAACGGCCACUCCGACUUCCGGCCCAAAAUCGGCCGCCACGCCUGGGUGUGGCACGACUGCCACAGGCAUUACCACAGCAUGGAGGUGUUCACCAUCUACGACCUCUUCAAUCUCAACGGGACUAAAGUGGCAGAAGGACACAAGGCCAGUUUUUGUCUGGAGGACUCGGAGUGUGACGAAGGCAUUGAAAAAAAGUAUGUGUGCGACAACUUUGGCGAGCAAGGCAUCACGGUGGGCUGCUGGGACACGUACAGACACGACAUCGACUGCCAGUGGAUCGACAUCACCGACAUCCAGCCCGGCGAUUACGUGUUCCAGAUUAUAAUCAAUCCAAACUAUGAGGUGCCAGAGUCCGACUACAGCAACAACAUCUUGAAAUGUAGCUGCCGAUAUGACGGCCAUCGUGUGUGGAUGUACAACUGUCACAAUGGUGGAUCUUUGAGCAUUGAGACGGAGCAGACUUCUCCGGGCCUCCUCAACAAUCAGGUCACCCACAGGUAAAAAGCCACCACUCGCCCACAGGGAGACCCUACGGAUGCCCACAGUUUGGACACAUCUGCAGUCCCCACGGUUUGCAGCUCCACUUUCCCACGGAGCCUGCAAGCCAGCACUAAAAAAAUGACUUGAGUGUUUAUCAGGGAACAUUUUUUAUAAAACUGUGUGUAACUGAAGACCCUCCACUGGGGGUGACGGUGGUCAAACUUCGAUUUAAUGGCGUGCUGAAAAAAAAAAGGGCUUUAGGCUUCCAGGCUUUGACUGACGUGUUUAAAAAGUAUAUAGACACUGAAAAUACCGGGCUUGUGCAAACCAAACAAGCAUCGGUGAUUCCAUAUGAGUUGGGAAAUUGUGUUAGAUGUAAAUAUAAACGGAAUACAAUGAUUUACAAAUCAUUUUCAACCCAUAUUCAGUUGAAUAUGCUACAAAGACAACAUAUUUGAUGUUCAAACUCAUAAACAUUUUGUUGUUGAUGCAAAUAAUCAUUAACUUUAGAAUUUGAAGUUGGGAAAGGUGGCAACAAAUACUGAUAAAGUUGAGGAAUGCUCAUCAAACACUUAUUUGGAACAUCCCACAGGUGUGCAGGCUAAUUGGGAACAGGUGGGUGCCAUGAUUGGGUAUAAAAAAGAGCUUCCCAAAAAAAUGCUCAGUCUUUCACAAGAAAGGAUGGGGCGAGGUACACCCCUUUGUCCACAACUGCGUGAGCAAAUAGUCAAACAUUUUAAGAACAACGUUUCUCAAAGUGCAAUUGCAAGAAAUUUAGGGAUUUCAACAUCUACGGUCCAUAAUAUCAUCAAAAGGUUCAGAGAAUCUGGAGAAAUCACUCCACGUAAGCGGCAUGGCCGAUAACCAACAUUGAAUGACCGUGACCUUCGAUCCCUCGGACGGCACUGUCUCAUAAACCGACAUCAAUCUCUAAAAUAUAUCACCACGUGGGCUCAGGAACACUUCAGAAAACCACUGUCACUAAAUACAGUUUGUUGCUACAUCUGUAAGUGCAAGUUAAAACUCUACAAUGCAAAUUAAAAGCCAUUUAUCAACAACACCCAGAAAAGCCGCCGGCUUCUCUGGGCCCGAGAUCAUCUAAGAUGGACUGAUGCAAAGUGGAAAAGUGUUCUGUGGUCUGACGAGUCCACAUUUCAAAUUGUUUUUGGAAAUAUUUGACAUCGUGUCAUCCGGACCAAAGGGGAAGCAAAAAAUCCAGACUGUUUUCGACAGAAAGUUCAAAAGCCAGCAUCUAUGAUAGUAUGGGGGUGCAUUAGUGCCCAAGACAUGGGUAACUUACACAUCUGUGAAGGCACCAUUAAUGCUGAAAGGUACAUACAGGUUUUGGAACAACAUAUGCUGCCAUCUAAGCGCCAUCUUUUUCAUGGACGCCCCUGCUUAUUUCAGCAAGACAAUGCCAAGCCACAUUCAGCACGUGUUACAACAGUGUGGCUUCGUGAAAAAAGAGUGCGGGUACUUUCCUGGCCCCCCGCCAGUCCAUACCUGUCUCCCAUCGAAAAUGUGUGGCGCAUUAUGAAGCGUAAAAUACGACAGCAGAGACCCUGGACUGUUGAACGACUGAAGCUCUACAUAAAACAAGAAUGGGAAAGAAUUCCACUUUCAAAGCUUCAACAAUUAGUUUCCUCAGUUCCCAAACGUUUAUCGAGUGUUGUUAAAAGAAAAGGUGAUGUAACACAGUGGUGAACAUGCCCUUUCCCAACUACUUUGGCACGUGUUGCAGCCAUGAAAUUCUAAGUUAAUUAUUAUUUGCAAAAAAAUUAAGUUUAUGAGUUUGAACAUCAAAUAUGUUGUCUUUGUAGUGCAUUCAACUGAAUAUGGGUUGAAAAUGAUUUUCAAAUCUUUGUAUUCUGUUUAUAUUUACAUCUAACACAAUUUCCCAACUCAUAUGGAAACAGGGUUUGUAGUUCAAAGUUGCCAAAGCCAAUCUAUUCCUUUUCUUGUCUUCGUUUUCUUUUUUUUUCUUUGUGCAGCCAUGGAAUAUGACAGAUCCGCCUACAUACACAAAUUGGACAAAAGUAUAGGGACGGCUGGCCAUUGCACAACAGGAGCUAAAAAUAGAAAAAAUCAAAUUGCUGUCCACCGCUGUGAAAACUCUACAAAAUGUUGGCGUCCGUGGGAAUUGUUGCUCAUUUGUGAAGUCAAAAAAUCGCGACUCUAUUUUAGCAACAGGUUUUUACUUUUCCCCCCCCCCCCCAAAUGCUUUUGUACAAUGGUGUGUGUGACCUCCAUGUUGUUGUACUUUGUAUUACGGUGCUACCAACCUGGCCCUCUGUUUUCUGAGGGUGCAGUACGUGUUGUAAGUGUGUAUGCCAACUGUGUACUUGAAGUCAGCAUAAGAAAAGUGUGUUAAAGUAUAAUAAAGUUACAGAGCAAACAAAACACACAAA